AUGGCCACAGAUUUCACCCAGGACACGCUGCUGCGUUUCCUCCAGAGCCGCGGAGGCUCGGUGAAGAACUCGGACCUGCUUCUGCACUUCAGAGACUUCAUCAGGGACCACGCGGACCGGGACCGCAACCGGGAGCUCUUCAAAAAGUCGACGGCGUCCGACACGUCACUCUCAGGAAGAAAUUCAAGGGACACGUCCCCGGCGGCGAACGGGGCUCUUCCCAGCCUCUUCCCAGUCGACUUCCCGCCGGGCCCCGAGUCGGCCCUCCCCGGGGAACGUCGGGCCCUCCCCGGGGAACGCCGGGCCGCCGGGCCCUCCCCGGGGAACGCCGGGCCGACCCCCGCUGGGAGCGCAGAGGAGCCUCUGCAGAAGCGGCAGCUGAAGGAGGUGACGACACCCGCCCCGCCGGUAGUAACCGCCGGGAAACCAGUCCUACCCGCCGCUGGGAUCCUGCUCAAUAACAACAACAACAAUGUGACAACAAAUUUCAACCUGAAACAGCGACAGGUAACCAGCACACCUGGACUUCCUAUUAGACCAGCAGCAGCUCAGGUGGUGAGUCAGAUCCCAGUGAAGACCCCCAGUCCGUCUGAGCCUCCUGCCCCAGAUCAGUGCACUCAAGUGGGACAGCACAGGUUGGGUUUUGGGCCUCCUCCUGGGAUCACACCUGUAGUGGCAGCAGUCCGUCACCAUGGAGAAACCAGACAGCAGGUCCCAGCACCAGAGGCCCUCAGAGGGAGGGAGACCUGUCUGCAGCCUGAGGGAGGUCUUCAUCAGGGGCCUCCUCUUCAUCACGUCGGUCUCCAGCCGCAGGAUGUCCCACGCCGCAUUAGGUACAGGCCGAGCUACAAAUCUGCCGUCUCUUAUGAUGAAGACGGGGAGGAAGAGGAGGAGGUCCAGAUGAGGCAAGGUUCAGCAGGAGGAGCGUGGCCCCCGAGCAUCUCAGCCUCCUCGCCGCAGGUUCCUCCCUCUGUCGUCUCCUCUUCGUCCUCCUCCUCUUCAUCCGAAAGGAAGAUCCCGAAGAUUUACGUCCAGGAUUCGGAAACGAUGCCCCCUGGUGGCCCAGGCUGGACCUCGCAGUCAGGGGCGGGGCAGAGAGGACAUUGGGCCGAGCCAGGGCUGGAACCGGGGUCAUCACCAGCGGAGUCCACCAGACGCAGCCUGCCUUUAGAGGCAGAGCGCUACGUUCCGUCACCAGACCGAGCUACCGGGAUGGUGCCUCACCGCGAUGUCCACGCACAUCCCACAGGUGUUCAGCCGAAGCCUGGGCAGGGGUCCAAUCAAAGCCAAGAGGCGUGUAUGUCAUCUAGCCACAGCAGCGUCUUCUCCCCCUCAUCGGACGCAGGCAUCUCCAGCAGCGACUGGACGCCGUCUGGCUCCCCCAGAGGACCAGGGUGGAACAGCAGCUUUGAAGAUCCACAGGCCAGAGCAGGUGUGACUCGGGGCGGGUCUCAAAUCCAGGAAGCGCUCCAGCGAGCCCAGGGGAGGAAGUUAGAGUCCUUGACGCAUCAUGCCAACAGUGAAACAAAGGCGCCUUGGCAUCACUCCACAGGCAAUCUCCAUGACGACCAGGAGCCGACAGCUCGUAUGUCACCAUUCCAUCACUCCUCGGACCAUCUCCAUGACGACCAGUACUCUACAGCCCGCAUGAUGCCAUGGCACCUCUCCACAGGUGAUCUCCACGACGACCAAGAGGAGGCGGAGUCGAGCGAGGGCUCCACCUCUUCGCCGCCGGUGCUGCGUCCACGCCUCGCCAGGCGGCUCAGCAGCCAGUUGAGGAGCAGGAUGUGCCGCAGCCUGGGAACCAACCUGGACCAGCUCCUCGAGGAGGAGGCGAGGGUGGGGGGAGGAAGCGAGGCGGCCCGGCUGAAUCGCCUCCACCUGAUCUCCUCCUCGCUCAGCCUGCGCUACAACCUGUCUUCGUCCUCGCUGUCGUCCUGCUCCACGCCGCCUCGCUGCCACAGCAUGGCCGACCUGGACGAGGCGGUGGAAGGGAGAGGGGGGAGGAGGAGGAGCUCUCCCGCCUUUGUCGCCUCCUCCCCCACUGCUCAACAUGAAGGCUCCAGUCGGCAGUCCCUGGUUCCUCUGGAGCCCAGGGAGCAUGCCUGGCUGGUGAAGGGGCGGCGGGCGCCUGGACCGACAUCUACACGCUGUUCAGAGAGGACUCGUCCCUGCUCAACAGGAAAGACUUCAUCUCUGGCUUCACUGUGCUGCACUGGAUCGCAAAACACGGCGACCACAGAGUCCUCAACACCUUAUGGUACGGAGUUCAGAAGGCUGGUUUGACAUUCGACAUGAACGCCAAGUCAACAUGCGGCCACACGCCUCUCCAUAUCGCCGCCAUUCAAGGCCACAAGAACAUAAUGCGGUUGCUGGUGAACAA